CUGACCGUCCGACUGAGACAACUCCGAAGGACCGAGUAUAACUUCCAGUUGGACAUCGGCGCACGCAUUUCUCUGACAAUAAUGUGGUUGCCGUCCUCAGGGUUUCUGCAACGAACUGCCAAUCUCAGAAAAUACCCAUUGAGGUCCUGCGGCCGAUAUCUCUCGUAUACGGCAACCGAGUCAAUAGCACCGGUCAACCUGCACUAUGACAAGCUUGUGCCGAAGGACGGGAAUGCGACGGAUAGACCGCUAGUCAUCUUGCAUGGCUUGUUUGGAAUGAAGAGGAACUGGCUGUCACUCUCGAAAGCAUUCCUCCGGGAUCUAGACAUGCCAAUAUAUACGCUAGAUUUGCGUAACCACGGGACCUCCCCUCAUGCACGACCCAUGAAUUAUGCCGCCAUGGCUGUAGACGUCCUGCACUUCUUCCACACACACUCCCUCACGAAUGUCUCUCUGCUCGGUCAUUCAAUGGGAGGAAAGGUUGCGAUGUCUGUUGCGCUCAGCCCCGAGUGCCCAUCGGACCUCAAGCACCUCAUUGUCGCGGAUAUCUCGCCCGCGACGGGUCCCCUCUCGCCAGAGUUCAGCGGAUAUAUUGAAGCGCUGAAGAAGAUCGAAUCUAGCAAAGUGACGAACCGGAAGGAAGCACAGGAUAUCCUGAAGCCAUAUGAACAAGAUGCAAUGACCCGCGCGUUCCUCCUCACGAACCUCAAGCAUCAGGGACACGAGCACCUUCCGCUCGAAUUUCAGAUACCCCUGGAGAUCAUCGGCGACAGCGUACCGGAUAUAGGCUCCUUCCCGUACGAACCCGGUGAGCGGACUUGGGAAGGCAGCACGCUCUUUAUCAAAGGCACGAAGAGCAAGUACAUCAACGACCGUAACAUACCCGUCGCUAAGCAGUUCUUCCCGAAUAUGGUGCUGGAACAUCUGGAGGCCGGCCACUGGGUACAUGCCGAGAAGCCGAACGAGUUCAAGCACUUGGUGACGGACUUCAUUAGGACACGACAGUAGUCCAUAGACUUUGAGUGGUGUGCAGCAUGACGUUGAGUAGAGUGCUGUGCCGUGUGGCUUCCUACGUUACCCCAGCCGUGCCAUUGGAUUUGGGACGGCAGGCCGAAUGGAUUGGCAUGUGAGUACUCAGUUCGUUGUGCUCCGGCCGUGCUUCUCGUUGUUCGAGAUUGCUGUCCGCGCCCUUGCGCCAUCUCCUUGAAUCUGAGAUCUGAGAUACCUGGACGGUACCAUAUGCAACGGGUGUCGAUCCGAUGCAUCGAUCCGGUUGGCCGACAAUAUAUGCAUGUACCAUUACAGGUGUGUAUACAUAUGCUUUGAGAG